UUUCGCAUGACAGACACAACCACCAGACUCCCAUUAUCUCUGGGAAAGAAACAGCCAGAUCUUUUGUGUGAUGGAACAGUUGAUGAAUGGUUACGUAUCUCCCGCUUCAUCUCCACCAUCACCUCUCCCAAUUAGCAUCGGACCCGGCAACAGAAACUACUUGUUCUCGCCUUCCCUGACUCCUUCACCGCCUACUUCCGGCCACGCUUCAGCUGAAAACCUGCCUCUUUUGCAUUUUAACCAGACGUCCACUCCAGCACGAGUAACGUCAGCUUUUUCACUGGACGGGAAAGCCCCGGAUGAAUUGGAAGACCAAAGUUCAUGUCUUAAGGACUUGUUAGAAUGGUUGGUGCAAAAAUGCUGCAGUUGCUGCUCCUGAUUCCAUGUCAACUGAUUAUUGCUUGUUGAAUGCCUGUUCGAACCAUAGUAGGAAUCAUUCAGCUUUGAGUAGAAAAUAAAUGUGGCAAACCCAAACAAACUCUAAUCAUGUACAAGCAAGUGCCAUGAAACCAUUAGCAAAUCGAUUAAUGUAUUUGAUGGAACAUUUUUUCCUAUUCAAUUAGUAGGACCAUCGGGUUAAGUCA